CUCAUGACGGAAAAUGUAAGAAUUACAGCCUUGUGUGGAUACAUUUUCUGGAAGUUGCUUGUUUUUGCCAAGCCUCUUCCUUCGAAUCAGAUAAGAUAGUUUCUUCCAAGUAACAGACGCAGAAGCAGUAACAGAGCCAAUCCAAAGAGAAAUAAAAAGAUUCACUCAAACUACAGUCCUUACAACAGCUUAUUGUCUCCAGAAAUGUAAACUUUUCGAGACAAGGAUAACCAUAGGCAAAAACUGCCAAAAAGACUGAUACGAAAUGAUCAUAUACGUUCAUGGCACAGAUCUGACAUCUUAAUGAGCAAACAUUGGCAUUCUCAAAUACAGAAAAAACUCAACUUGAUAUUGAUGAUCAACCACACAUCUAUAAUAGCAAAAACUAUCCAGUAAUCAUAGUACCAGCUCCUUCAUCAGACAUAAUCUCAUGAAGCAGAGAAUGUUGUCUCCUUCCAUCGAUAAUACUCGCCGUCUUAACUCCUUGAGCAAGAGACCUUAUACAACACCUAACCUUUGGAAUCAUCCCACCAGCUACUUUACCAUCUUCAAUCAUCUUCUUCACUCCUUUUAUGUCAAUCUCCUUCACCAAGCUGCUCGGAUCCUCCUUGUUCUCCAAGAUUCCAGCCACGUCAGUCAGCAGAAUCAGCUUCUCUGCUCCGAGCGCCGCCGCGAGCUCUCCAGCCACUGUAUCAGCAUUGAUGUUGUAAGCCUGACCGGCUUCAUCGGCGGCGACUGAGGCAAUCACUGGUAUGUAACCGUAAUCCACGAGUGGACGCAACACGUUUGGAUCUACUCUUGCAACCUCGCCGACGAAACCUAGCUGAGCCGAAUUGGGGACGGGUCGUGCUGUGAGAAGACGACCGUCGUGUCCCGAUAGCCCCACGGCCGUAGCUCCGGCGGCGUUAAUGAGCGAAACGAGAUUCUUAUUGACUUUUCCGACUAGAACCAUGGAGACGAUCUCCAUCGUCGUGGCGUCAGUGACGCGAAGCCCGUCGCGGAACUCAGCUGGGAUGUUGAGUUGUUUCAGGUACCGGUUGAUAUCGGGACCUCCACCGUGAACGAGGAUCGGACGAAGACCGACGCACGCGAGCAGAACGAGAUCGCUGACGACAGAGGCUUUGAGUUCCGGCGAAGUCAUGGCCGCGCCGCCGUAUUUGACGACUAUGGUUUUCCCGCGGAAUUUCUGGAUAAACGGUAAUGAUUCUGAGAGGAUCUCCACUCUGUAAUCCGGCGAAGGUGCAUUUUUGGUUUCCGUUGAAGGCGGUGCAGAGACGGAGGCACUUACCGAUAAACCUAGACGCUGAUAAUACUUGCGAGACGGAAAGCAGAGAGAUGGAGGAGAUUUGGGGAUAAGUGAUUUCAGAGGAUUGGAAACGGAGAAGGAGAAGGAUUUGGGCGGCGCAUUGGAUGCUACGGUGGCCAUUUCACAACCUACCGGAGGAGGAGGCGGCGGCGGCGAAGAUACUGAAGCGAGAGAGUUUCCUCAGGUUUUCUUUCAAUCUAAUUUAUGACAAGAGUAUAUGAAAACCAAUGACUAUUAUCCACGUGGACCGGAGACUCAAGACUCCGUCGUAACCCUAGGUUGCUUAAACGACGCCGUUAACAGUUUCUUCCGGUCGUUCCUCAUUAAACCGAAAACGACACCGUUUUUUCUUCGGCAAGUGUUACGACGGCGUUUUAUCUUGCAGCGGGAAAUGCAAAGCUUUUUGCUUUCAUUCUUCGUCGUCUCCGGGGGUAAUUGCAAUCGGAAUUGCCGAUUAUUCACUAGCUGAGCUGGAGUGAGAUGGAGCGAUUGGAAGAGGAACUAAUACGAAGAUCAGAGCCAGAAUCUCUGGUUUCGGUCACUGUAGGUAGGUUCAUGAGUACGCUUCUCUCGGCUCGCCCUAAAAAGCUACGGGAGUCUAUUUCCCGCCUCUCUCCUGAUUCUCAAAAGGGUUCAUCAGGCUCCGUCGAUGAAGCACUCUGGUUUUUGAACAAGUGCGUUAGAGACUAUUCUGAGAGAGACGAAGCGGUGGAUGAAGUUCUUGUACCCAUCAUCGAACAUACAUUAAGGUUCAAGGAUGCUAAAAACAGUAACCCAGCUAUGAUACUUCUCAAUUGGCUAUUUGAAGAUGAAGUUCUCUUUCAAGACGUUUCAAGAAAUCUUUCGGAAAUCAUUUCGAGGAACGAGGACAGGUUUUUAGCGCUUGGGUGGUGUUUACUUAUCCGAAGUCUUGUAGAAAACACUGGUGAUCAAGGUUUUUGGAAUGGAAUUAGGGAGAAACAUUCUAUGUUUGUGGAGAUUGUUUCAUCUUGCGUGCCUCACUUGUUGAUGAUUGUGCGCAACGGAAGCAUUUUGCAGGAUGGCUAUGAGGUACCCUCUCGUCUUUCUGUUUCUGCUGCCGAUUGCUUGCUGUCAGUUACUGGUGCCUUAGCAAAGACGGAUCAUACCCUGGUUAAUAGGCCGAAGCCAUCAGUUAUUACGGGGUCACAUCAACCAGUUGCUUUAAUAUCUAAUGCUAGUGAGAAGAAGAAAAGGCAUGUUUCUCAACCUGAAGACUCCAACAGUGAGACAAAUUGUAUACUGUGGAACCACCUGGAGGAGCUGACGGGCCUUGUAGAGUGUCUCUUUGCUUGGAACAGAAAAACUCGACCACUGCAUGCUAAGGGGUUAAACAAAGUGCUGAAAUGGUUAGAGGAGUUAAAAGAGCAUCAUGGUGGCUCUCAAAAGGAGGCAGGCACGGAGCUAUCUAGGGGUGGAGCUCUACUGCUCUCUUCUUGUUGGAAGCAUUACAGUCUCCUGCUCCACAUGGAAGAUCAGAAGUUCUCAAAGAUUAGCAAGGAAUUGCUGGAGCAAUAUUUGUCUGGUAUUAAGUAUUAUUCCGAAAGUUAUCCUCAGGGAUGUGCUGACACCAAGACUGGUGGUAUAGAGACACAGAAGUUUUUCCUCAAUUGUUUAUGCCUUUUGUUGAGUCGCUUUGAGGGAAAGAAAUUUGAGAGUAUACUAUCAGAGUAUGGAACGAAGCUUGUGCCUUGUCUUCUACAUCAGCUUCGCAGCAACAACGAAGAGAUAUCAGAAGGCGUUGUUGGUAUAUUUAAAGCAGUUAUCUCGAAACUACAAUCUCAGUCUGGAGACAGCUUCUCUGAUACAAUGUGCAUGGACGUUGUGAUACCAUCGUUGCUUUACUUUCUUGAUGAGAGGGAUGGCGCGGCCAAAGCUGUCAGUGUCCUCCUGGCAGACUAUUGUUCCAAAAAUGCAGAUAAUGAUUCUCUCAGUGAAGUUCUACAACGCCUUGUUGCUGGAACUACUGCGCAGAGGCUGAAUUCUAUGGAUGUGAUAUCAGAAGUAAUCCUUAUGUCAACAGAUUCAGUUCCUUCUCAUAUUCCCUGGAAAGAUAUUGCGGACUGCUUGUUAAAGUGCCUUGGAGACGAGGAAACUUAUAUCUGUGAACAAACUUCAGAGUUGCUGAAGUCAAUUGAGCCAUCUUUCGUGCUACCAGAAUUAGUGACACUCAUUUAUUCAACCAAUGGAAAAGUACAAUCAUCCGCUACCAAAGCCUUGCUUGGUGUCCUUCAACAUCAAAAGGAGGACUCUGAUGUUAUAUGUAUGUUGCUGACCUGUCUUAGUAAUACUCAAGCUUUGGAAACUUCAGAAAGUAAUGGACAUCCCACGGAAGAUUCAACUUUUGACAGUGAUCGAGUGCUAAAACUGAUCCCAGAAUGGGCUAAAAGUGUUCAAAACUGGGGCUCACUGAUCGGACCUUUGCUCGAGAAGAUGUUUUUGGAGCCAUCCAAUGCCAUCAUGGUUAGGUUUCUUAGCUGCAUCAGUGAACAUUUGGCUGAUGCAUCGGACAUGGUCCUUCUGCACGUACUCUCACAUAUGAAGGAGCAAAACAAGAUGGAUGAGAGCUUUGUAUCCAGAUCUGAUACUAAGAGUUUCAUCGGCAAAACUAAAUUGGAGAAUUCGCUAUUUGACCACCUUUGCCCAUUACUUAUAUUAAGGCUGCUUCCCCAAAGAGUGUUUGAUGAUAUUGAUUCCUCUACAAUUUAUGGCGAAUUCCUGAGGGGAGACUCUGUGAAUGAGUAUCGAGACAUCAAGUUUGAGGAUUCUCAAUGCAUCGCUGCUUUCCUUUUGGAAAGGGCAUUUUCUAAGUUCGAAUUUGAUGAAGUUCGGAAACUCGCAGCCGAGCUAUGUGGACGUAUCCAUCCCCAGGUGCUAUUUCCAACUGCUUUGUUGCAACUUGAAAAAGCCACAGAGUUGCAAGACAGCCUCAAGAUCAAAGCUUGCCUAUUUUCUAUAUGCACAUCCCUUGUGGUACGGGGCAGUGAGUCUUUCUCACACACUGUGACACCUAAGAUCAGGAAAGUCCUGGAAAAGAUUUUGCUAUGGCCUUCUGAUGAGGACGAAAUUUCCAAAGUACAACACGGUUGCAUAGAUUGUCUGGCACUGAUGAUAUGUGCUGAACUGCAACCUCUUGAAUCAUCAAAGACACCCAAAGGAGCAAAAAUACGUACAACAGGCAACGACACAUCUGGUGUUGAUGCUUCAAGUAAUUCUGUCCUAGAUUACACGAUACAUUGUCUAAUUGAAGACAGAAGUGACUGCUGUUCUGUCCCCAAGCCGUAUAUUGAACACUCAAUUGAUGAAAAGCCCCUUCCUAUUCCGUUUCGUCUAUGCAUGGCAAAUGUUCUCAUCAGUGCUUGUCAAAAAAUUCCCGAAUCUGCCAAGAAAAGUUUUGCUCGGAAAACUCUUCCGCCUCUUGUUCCUUCCCUCAAGUUCAUAUCUGCGCCUGAGGUCCGAGCAGCUUGUAUCCAGGUCCUAUUCUCGGCCAUGUACCAUCUAAAGUCCACACUUGUCCCUUUUUCAUCUGAUCUACUGAAACUUGCCCUGAGGUUUCUUGAGCAAGGAUCCCAAAAGGAGAAGCUGGCUGGUGCAAAACUGAUGGCGUCACUGAUGGCGAGUGAAGACGUGAUACUGGAAAACAUAUCAGAGGGAUUGCUCGAAGCAAGAUCAGUUUUGUCCAAAGCAUCUUUGUCAGAUCCUUCUCCAGACGUACGUGAAGUCUGUGCUAAGUUAUUGGCAUGUAUUACGCCCUCCUCGUAAUGUCUUUUUCUCCAUUAAGAUCAGAUUCUAUAAUAUUAUUUUCUUUUUUUUCUUUUCUAACUUUUGUUUUGCGCUCACGUGACGAAGAAGUCGGUGUGAUAUGUACUAUGUAGUAUGUAUCAAACCGAUGGCCCUAAUUUUUUUGUAAAUAGUUAAACUACGUUAAAUGCAUAGACCAAGUAAUUUGAUUUGUCACUAGUUUAGACCAAAUUCCGUACUAAUUAUGGGACCUGUAUAAGUAAUGGAUGUUCAAAC